GGUGCCCCAGGAGUUCAAGGACCCCCAGGACCUUCUGGUGAGGAGGGCAAGAGAGGAGCAAGAGGAGAGCCUGGUGCUGCAGGAGGCCGUGGAGCUCCCGGAGAGAGAGGCGGCCCCGGUGGUCGUGGAUUCCCUGGCUCUGAUGGCCCUGCUGGAGCCAAAGGUGCCAAUGGUGAGCGUGGUGCCCCUGGUGCUGUUGGACCUAAAGGUUCCACUGGUGAGUCUGGCCGCACUGGUGAGGCUGGUCUGCCUGGAGCUAAGGGUAUGACUGGUAGCCCUGGCAGCCCUGGACCUGAUGGCAAGACUGGACCUGCUGGAGCUUCUGGACAAGAUGGCCGCCCUGGACCCCCUGGCCCUGUUGGAGCCAGAGGCCAGCCUGGAGUCAUGGGAUUCCCUGGACCCAAAGGAGCUGCUGGUGAGGGUGGAAAGCCCGGUGAGAGAGGUGUCAUGGGACCAUCUGGCCCUGGUGGUGCCGCUGGAAAGGACGGUGAUGUUGGUGCUCCAGGCCCCUCUGGACCUGCUGGUCCUGCUGGUGAGAGAGGAGAGCAGGGAGCUGCUGGAGGUCCUGGAUUCCAGGGUCUUCCCGGACCCCAAGGUGCCAUUGGUGAGAGUGGAAAGUCUGGAGAGCAGGGUGUGCCCGGUGAAGCUGGAGCCCCAGGACCUGCUGGAUCUAGAGGUGACAGAGGAUUCCCUGGUGAGCGUGGUGCCCCUGGCGCUCUUGGACCCGCUGGUGCCCGUGGAUCCCCUGGAUCUGCUGGAAACGAUGGUGCUAAGGGUGAUGCUGGUGCCCCUGGUGCUCCUGGAGCUCAGGGUCCUCCUGGACUGCAGGGAAUGCCUGGUGAGCGCGGUGCCGGUGGUCUUCCAGGACUGAGAGGAGACAGAGGUGACCAAGGAGGCAAGGGUGUUGAUGGCGCUCCUGGUAAGGAUGGUGUCCGUGGUUUGACUGGACCUAUUGGACUUCCUGGACCUGCUGGAGCCUCUGGAGACAAAGGAGAGCCUGGCGCCCCAGGAGCUGUUGGACCUUCCGGAGCCCGCGGAGCCCCUGGUGAGCGUGGAGAGUCCGGACCAUCUGGACCCGCUGGAUUCGCUGGACCUCCUGGUGCUGAUGGACAGCCUGGAGCUAAGGGAGAGGCUGGAGAUAAUGGUGCUAAGGGAGAUGCUGGUGUCCCCGGCGCUGCUGGACCUACUGGUGCCCCUGGACCUCAGGGUCCCAUUGGAAACACUGGCGGUAAGGGAGCCCGCGGACCUGGUGGACCUCCCGGUGCAACUGGCUUCCCUGGUGCUGCUGGCAGAGUUGGACCUCCCGGCCCCUCUGGCAACGCUGGACCUCCCGGACCCUCUGGACCUUCUGGCAAGGAGGGACUAAAAGGAAACCGUGGUGAGACUGGACCUGCUGGUCGCACUGGUGAGAUGGGCGCUGCUGGACCCCCAGGACCUGCAGGAGAGAAGGGAGGCCCUGGUGCUGAUGGUGCUCCUGGUAGCUCUGGUCUGCCUGGACCUUCAGGUAUUGCUGGACAACGUGGUAUUGUUGGUCUGCCUGGACAGAGAGGAGAGAGAGGUUUCCCUGGCAUGCCCGGACCUUCUGGUGAGGUCGGAAAACAAGGUUCUUCUGGACCCGGUGGUGAGCGCGGACCUCCUGGACCCAUGGGACCCCCUGGAAUGGCUGGAGCCCCCGGCGAGGUUGGACGUGAGGGAAGCCCUGGUAGCGAGGGAUCAUCUGGUCGCGAUGGACCUGCUGGACCCAAGGGAGAACGUGGAGAGUCUGGCCAAUCUGGAGCCCCUGGUGCCCCUGGACCCUCUGGUGCCCCCGGACCUGUCGGACCCGCUGGAAAGAAUGGAGACCGUGGAGAGACUGGACCUGCUGGACCCGCUGGCUCUGCUGGCCCUGCUGGACCUCGUGGCCCUGCUGGAGCUCUUGGUCUCCGUGGAGACAAGGGAGAGUCUGGAGAGGCUGGAGAAAGAGGCAUGAAGGGACACAGAGGUUUCACUGGAAUGCAGGGAGCCCCUGGACCUUCUGGAUCUUCUGGAGAGACAGGACCCGCCGGUUCUGCUGGACCCGCUGGACCUAGAGGAGCUUCUGGAUCUGCUGGUUCUCCUGGAAAGGACGGUAUGUCUGGUCUUCCUGGACCUACUGGACCCCCUGGACCUCGUGGACGAUCUGGAGAGAUGGGACCUGCUGGUCCUCCCGGACCUCCUGGACCCGCCGGAGCUCCCGGUGCCCCUGGUGGCGGAUUCGACCUUGGCUUCAUCUCCCAGCCUCAGGAGAAGGCUCCUGAUCCCUUCCGCAUGUUCCGUGCUGAUGACGCUAACGUUCUCCGCGAUCGCGACCUGGAGGUUGAUAGCACCCUGAAGAGCCUGAGCCAGCAGAUCGAACAGAUCCGCAGCCCUGAUGGAACCCGCAAGAACCCUGCCAGAACCUGCCGUGACCUCAAGAUGUGCCAUCCUGACUGGAAGAGCGGACAGUACUGGAUUGACCCUGACCAGGGCUGCACUCAGGAUGCCAUCAAGGUCUACUGCAACAUGGAGACCGGAGAGACUUGCGUAACACCAACUCAGCCUGAGGUUGCCAAGAAGAACUGGUACGUCAGCAAGAACAUCAAGGAGAAGAAGCACGUCUGGUUCGGAGAGGCCAUGUCCGACGGAUUCCAGUUCGAGUACGGUAGCGAGGGCUCUCAACCCGAGGAUGUCAACAUCCAGAUGACCUUCCUGCGUCUCAUGUCCACUGAGGCUACCCAGAAUGUCACCUACCACUGCAAGAACAGCGUUGCCUACAUGGACGCCAGCACUGGCAACCUCAAGAAGUCCCUGCUCCUCCAGGGCUCCAACGAGAUCGAGAUCAGAGCAGAGGGCAACAGCCGUUUCACCUACAGCGUCCUGGAGGAUGGAUGCACGUCACACACCGGUACAUGGGGCAAGACAGUCAUCGACUACAAGACAUCGAAAACAUCUCGCCUUCCCAUCAUUGAUAUCGCUCCUAUGGAUGUUGGUGCUCCAGACCAAGAGUUCGGCCUUGAAGUUGGACCUGUCUGUUUCUUGUAAAAAGAGAAAUCUGGACUUGAAAUUGUUGUUGUGUGUGUGUGUGUGUGUUUUAUUUUUCCUAGCAGUCAUCUCUCUCUCUAAAAGAAGCCCCACCAAAACGUUUCUCUAUUGCCAUUUUUCUGAAAUCGACCCUCCGCUCGUGAUUCUACGAGUUUCCAUUCGGCCGUUGUUCCAAUGGUCCACUUUUGCCUGAAACCUGCACUUCAACAAGAUGGCGGCAAUGUGGCAGAGUCUGCAUUGUCGUGUUCGGGACCACUACUUUUUUUUUGUUUCUGACUCUUGUUUUGUUUUUUUUUGUUUUUUUUAUCAUCACCAACACCAAGGAUCCUGUAAAGAAGACGUUUUGUUUCACUGGCAACAAGAAAAUAAUAUAUGCUUCUGUAAAGUGUAAAAAUUUACUUCCCCUCUUCAACCAGCCGAACCAGGCCCUUCUGGAGUUUACAGAAACCAACAGAAACACAAAGGUGACUUUUGUAUUUUUAUACACCACUGCAGUGAGAGGAAUGAAAGGACAGUCCCAACAGACAGAACCCAAUUGCUUUGUAACACGUUUCCGGUGUUGAUGAAUAAACGGUGAAACUGACAGCCAUGUUUGUCUCUGUUGUUCUGCCCAUCCCUUCCACCUUCUAAGACAACACUGACAACUCCCUCCUCCUCAUCCGCUGAUGUUGUAGCUGUUGUGAUUUGAUUGUGUUGUGGUUGCUUUCCUGUUUGUUCCUUUCAGUUUUACCCUUUCUUUUAAAGAAGUCACAUUAAAACCACCAGCAGAGAAACAUGGGUUCAAACCUCUUUUUUUGAAAAGAAAAAAAAAAUCCUCUGGCUACCUCACAAAAGCAAGGAUUUCAUUUUGUAAAAAAAAAAAAAGGGGGGGGUGUGGGGGCCCAGUGUUUUUGAAGUGAUGCCUGUAGAUGUUGUGGCGGUUGGUGGGGUAGUCGGCGUUUACUGACUUUUAACAGAAGCAGGAACAGCUCAAACUUAAGGUGCUAUUCUUUCUUUGAGGUCACUCUGAAGUAGCAGGGCCCUCUUGGUGCUAAAAGUCAACCACAUCUUUUACUCUUGGAGUCUAGGAUGAGACAAACUUGUCUUGUUUGCAGUCUUGGUAGAGCUGGCGGUCAAUUACUUGCUCUGUCUCGGAGCAGCAUAUGCUCUGAAUUUGGUUUUGAUGUUUUCAAACUCCCCAACACCUUUCUGUCGUACAAAUUCUUCUCCUCCCCUUCAUCCACAAAUCUGUUUGGAGUUUGUUUCUUAUUUGGCAAUCGCAAAGAGAUUCUUUUUUUUUUUCAAAAUGCACAAGAAACAGCCAUCAGUUAAGAGUUUGUGAGAGAAGACAAACACACCAUUGAGUGAAAAACAACACAAGGAUCUGUACCUAUUUUGUAUAUGUAUAAUAAAUUGAGAUGUUUUUAAUUAUUUUGAAUGCUGAAAUAAAGCAUGUUAAGUGGUCUAA